AUGACACCUCCGUGCCACUCGUUCCCGGCCUCGGAGCUACCGGUCAAGAUUCAGCAGGACGCCCGCGGACGACGUCGCAAGCUCGACUGCGGCGCGCGCCGUAUCGACCUCGCCACCUGCGAGCUCCUCCAGAUGCUGCAGUACAAAUGCGAGGUCCAGCGACCGCUAGCGCGCGACAGCCCCGUGCAGUGCUUUGCCGUCGACAGACUUUUUCGAAGGUGCAAGGACAAAAAUCGCACCUUCAUGGUCGAGACGACGGCAUGGGAGAGCAGGAUGCAGGAUCCGCGCCCACCACAGCAGCAAACCGGGCAGAACGGGCAAAACGGGCAAAACGGACAGAGCAAAGGCACGAAGCCGUACCAGUGGUCAUCGAACUGGCAUGAUGCCGAUACCGCCCCAUGA